AUGGCGGAUCCACUGAUUCCCUCCCCAACCAACAAAGCUUUCUUCAUCAUAGAUCUAUCUGGACAAAAAUCCAAUCCUAUCAUUCCUACUGAGUUCAUUUGGAAUCACUUCAAUGGUAAGAUUCAGUCAACGAAUAUGAAACUAACUUCUGACGCUUCGGACAGAAACUGGGACGUGAAAUUGGACGGCGCGAGAUUCGCCGGCGGAUGGAAAGAUUUCUCCGUCUCCCACUCUGUUAGAGACGACGACCUUUUGAGUUUCCGGCACGACGGAGGCAUGGUCUUCCACGUCUCACCCUUCGGACGUAGUUUCUCUCAGAUACAGUUAAUCUCUUCUUCUACCUCUGACGAUGAUGAUGAUGAACGCACUGUUUUUGAUGAUGAUGAAGACGACGAUGUAGGAGAUGAUGAUGACAAUUCGAUAUCCGAAGAUGAUUUUUGUUCAAAGAAAAUUUCGUCGAAGAAGAGAGCAAGAAAAGAAACAGAGUCUUCAUCAGACAAAUCUUAUCUUGUUGCACACGUCACACCUUCAAGCCUACUCCGAGAUAAUAUGUGUGUUUUAAGCAAAUUUGCAAGGUCAAAUGGUCUGGACAGGAGAGAGUGUGAGAUUGAUCUGAGGGAUGAACAUGAAAAAUCUUGGACUCUGCUUUUGAGACACAACAAAAAAACUGGUCAGGCUUUUAUGCGUGGAGGAUGGAGAAGUUUUUGUCGUAAUAACGGGAUCAAAGCUGGAUCUAUCUGUAGGUUUAAGCUUGUCCAAAGCGGAAUAAAACCUGUGCUACAGCUGUGUCCCAACGCCUCUAGCAUUCCAGAAGGAAACUCUUCCAAAGCAAGAAAAAAACGAAAUGUUUCUGAAAUUGAAGGUGAUGAGAUAGAAUCUGAGAAUUGCUCAGAGACUAUUCCAUUGAAUCAGAACAAGAUUCUGACGUUUGAUCUUAAACCUUACGUGUUCAGGUCAUGUCAAUUUUUUCUUCCUGCAUCGUUCGCAAGAGAGAACGGGAUCGUGGAAGCAGGAGAGGUAACUGUAUUGAACAAAGAUGGCAUAGAGUGGAAGUCGCAUCUAGUUAACAUCAAGGGACGCGAUCAGUUUUACAAUAGAGGUUGUCAAGAUUUCUUUGUAGCUAAUGGCGUAAAGAAUGUUGGUGAUCCCUUCACAUUGGAGGUUAUUCGAGGAGGACCAUCUCCAAUUCUCAAGAUCUGUUCCAAGGUGAAACAAGCAGCAUCAUCUGAUGGCCAUAAGACUGCGGAUAGGAAACCCCGAAUGACGGAUCAAGCACCACUGGCUGAAGAACAAACUGAUAAUCGGGUCGAAAAGAGAGCUCAAGUUACUGAGGAAGGAGGGCCAUCUCGCAGCACUAGGGCUGAUCCGGGAAACUUGCAGCAAAAGCAACCUUGCUCAAUAUCUGAUCACGUUAAAAAGGUGAAACAGAGUAUUGUGGAUACUUUAACCGAUGUAAGGCGGUUUCAGUCGGAGCUCAAGGUAAAAGAACAGAAUCUAGAAGCUUCAUUGCAAGAAAUUGAUGCGUUAGGUAUGAUCUGA